AUGGGAAAAGCCAUAUUCCUCCUUGCUCUCCUCGCCGCGUCCGUAUGCGUCGCCCACAGCGCAGGUGGUCGCAGCCUCAAGGGAGGAGAUGACAAGUCAAUGGACUCCAAGCCUAUGGACUUCAAGCCUGCCCCUGAAUUCAAGCCAGCACCUGAGUUCAAGGACAAGGAGCCCAAGGAGAAGGUUGUGUAUGUGUCGGUGCCGGUGCCAGGCCCGACUGUGUAUGUCGAGGUCCCAGGCCCCACUGUCUACCUGACCCCCUCGCCCACCCCCUCACCUACCCCUUCGCCCACCCCCUCACCUACCCCUUCACCCACCCCGGAGCCUACCCCUUCACCCACCCCCUCGCCCACCCCAUCACCCACCCCGGAGCCCACCCCCUCACCCACCCCGUCUCCCACCCCCAGCCCCACUCCGGAGCCCACUCACACCCCAUCUCCCACCCCCGUGCCCACUGUGAUCUGCCCGCCCGCGCCCGCGCCGGUGAAGGAGGAGAAGCCCCUGAAGGAGGAGAAGCCCCUGAAGAUGGACAAGCCCGACAAGUUUUACGGCGGCCGCCGUCUGGCCGGCAUGGAGGGUGACAAAAUGCCCAUGGACAAAAUGCCCAAGGAGGAGAUCAAGCUCAAGGAUGUGCCUGCGCCUCCUCCGUGCUACACCAUCGAGGUGCCGGUGACCCCCACACCCACCCCUUCGCCCACCCCAUCGCCCACCCCUUCGCCCACCCCUUCGCCCACCCCAUCACCCACCCCGUCACCCACCCCCUCCCCUACCCCUUCACCCACCCCCAUGCCCACUGAGGCCCCCAAGGUUGAGGUCAAGGAGGUGAAGGCCAUGCCCGAGAAGAUGGACAAGCCUGACAAGAUGUACAAGCCUUGAAUAGUCCCUCAGCGGCAAGUGAGCAGUACUGAUAUUCUGUAUCAAUCCUCCACAUAACAUGCGGCACUCCUUUGCAAUAAAAUCUAUGCCCAGGUUGCUCCCACGCACACAGGCAGGCUGCACAUUAAUGUGUGAGGGAGGACUGGUGUAAAUGUUUAGGAGCAGUCUACAGGGAGUGUCUUGUGAAGUAUUUUACCUGCAAGAACACAAUUCUUACAGCUUUGGCAGAACUGGGGUGAGCACUGCUGUCACUGGGUUUGCCUGAUUGAACCAUUUGCUGGGUCGGCAGCUUUGGUGAGACUUGAUUCGACUGGUGAAGGAUUGGGCAGGUCUUAAUUGAAUACCGAAGUACAGUAGAGUGUGUGCUGAUGCACAGCAGAGUGACUUCCUCCACCCUCCUGGUUCACAUUCUAUGUAUUUGCGCCUGACUGGCUUCAGGGAUUUUUUGGUUCAGUGCACAGUGUGGAUUCAUAAUUAAUUUCGGUGUGUUGAGAGUCACUGAUUUGUUAAAACCAUUCCCCCAACCAUGUUAGGUGAAGUAUAUGAGGUAUGACUAGGGUAGCAACUUACAGGGAAACAUUUUGGUCUGCAUUCUGACUGGGUUGAGGCUGGUGGGAGUCCGGCUUUCAAAGGACUUGAAAGGUGGACAUCUGCUCACCAACUCCUUUCCAAGGGUUGCUACAAUGGGUUGUCCGACGCUGUGUGAAGCCAACCACUGUAAUGGCUUCACUCGAUUC